UAAAAAGAAAUUUACAAAUACAGCAAGGUUAUGUUAAACGUUUGAAGACUUAAAAGUUCUGAAGAUGGUGCCUACAUUUGUUCAAAUAUCAUUUUCACAGUUUUAAACCUGAAUAAAUUGUACUUUUCGUCGUAAAUUUCACGUGAAAAAUGGAGGUGGAUCUGACAAGUGACGAUGAAAUUGCUCCUGCCCCUAAAGUUGUCGCACCAGUCUCGGCUAAACUCUCGACAGCAGUAAAACCAUCUACAGUUGAAACUGUUGACCUGUCUGAUGAUGACGACAUUAUAUUUGAAACAAAUGCAGCACCACAAUCAAAGCUUAAUACACCCCCAGCCGUUAAUGUCUCCAGUAAACCUGAUCUUCUUAAAAAGGGGCCCCCUAAGGUAUUUGGAACUCAAACUCCGGACAAAGUUAUGGAAGUGGAUGAUGAUGAUGACAUCAUUGAAGUUGUUGAACCCCCUAAAAGUCACCCCCUAAAAAGUACCCCAAAACCCAAAUCUUCUAGUGAAGUUCUACCAGUCAAGACUGCAACUGGUAUAAACAAGUUGACUGCUGAACCCAAGGUACCUUCCACUGAUGUUGAUAUGGAUGACAUCAUUGAAGUAAUAGAUUCACCUGAUCCUCAGAAAAGUGAUAAAACAGGUUUUUCCAAAGAAAAGUCAAUUUCAGUACAGAAGCCAGUGACAUCAAAUGUUAUCAAAGCUGGUCAACAGUUGAAAGAGACAAGCGGAAGUAAACCUGCAGAUGGCAAUGUUACUGAAGAAGAGGUGUCAUCACAUGCUAAAUCAAAGAAAAAUGCUGAAGUUGGGACUGAGAGAGACUCUGAAGAAAUUUCCUCCAAAAUAAGGAAAGAGGGUGAAAGAUAUGUUGUAGAUAUAACAGGAUCCAAGAAAAAAAUAGAAAACAAUUGUUUGAACUUGAAAUGCCAAUCCGGUGAAGAUUUGGCCAGUGCUCCUAUGUUUGUGAUAAGUUAUUAUGGUUGUAAACUGAAAAAGGGAAAAUAUGAAGUGUGUGCUGUAUGUUUUGACGAUGCAAUGGAUCAUUACCAGAAUCUUGGAAAAAGAUUGGUUCUUCAUCAACCUCUAUUGUCAUACGAUGAUUUUCCUGUAAAUGACAUUCAAGUGGUUGAUCUUGAACCUGACGAAGAGACAUCAGAUCCUGAGGAUCCUCUUCCUUUUUCACUGCUGAAGGAUGUGGAAGACAGUUUAGAAGAAGUGCUGAAAGAGUCUUUGUCAAAGUAUGAUCUGGAUUACCAGAUAAAAGAAGCUACUGGAAUACUUACAGAAAAGAUGACUUCCCUUGAAUUGGAAGGCAAGAAGAUCGAAGACAACUACGAUGAUCUACAGAAGGAAAUUGAUUCUAUGCGCCGCAUGGUUUACAAAUGCCAUGACCCUCUGCGAAGGGAGCUCCCAAGUCUUGAGUUAACAGCUUACACUCCUCCCGCAUCUUAUUGUAUGCUAGGGCCUCCACAACCAUUCCUGCGGCCCCCAACACAAUAUCCGGGGCCCCAGAGGGGUGUUGCAAUGAAGAAAGUCACUCAGGCCUCCUCUCUGCAACCACCUGCAGCUCUGCGUGAUGGACCUAGCCAAGAAGUUGUAGCAAUAUCAGAACAGAUGAAUAUACCAAAUUUACCCUCAUCUCUCUUGCCUCCAAUUGGACCGCUUGUUCGACCUAAACCGCGAGCUAAUGACAUUGUCUAUGUCAUGAAAAUGAGUUUUUUUGGUGUUUGGCUCAAAGGCCGUGUUAUGGAAGUUCAACAAAUCAACAAUACUUCAGGGCCCGCAACUCUCUCUAUGCCUCAAACCAUCUAUAAAGUGAAAAUGGAAGUUCAAGGAUUUCGAUCCAAAUUUUUUAUCAAAUCUGUACCUGGUCGUCACCUAGCAUAUCCUAACCCUGCACAAGUUCGUCUUGUUGUUGGUACUCGUGUUAUUGCCAUUUUCCAAGAAGAUGAUAGCAACAGCCAAAAGCAAACCAAAGGAGGUUCAUAUUAUUCUGGAUUGAUUGCUGAACCACCAAAGUCAAAUAACAGUUAUAGGUAUUUGGUAUUUUUUGAUGAUGGCUAUGCACAGUACGUUCCUCACAAUAAAAUCCUAGUAGUUUGUGAAAGUUCUCGUAACGUUGUUGAUGACAUACAUCCAGAUUCUCGUGAAUUUAUUCGUAAAUAUUUGGACAAGUACCCAGAACGCCCAAUGGUAAAACUUGCUGCCAACCAAGUAGUUAAAACAGAAUGGAAUGGUAAAUGGUGGAUUGCGAGAGUAGUGGAAGUUGACGGGUCACUAGUCAAGAUGAGUUUUGAUGCUGAUAAGCGCACUGAAUGGAUUUAUAGAGGUUCCACUCGAUUGGCUCCUUUGUACAACACAGAAAUGGCUCAACUUCAGGCUCGGCAAGACACUGCUGCUGGCACAGGCUCAAUUAGUAGAAUGCGUGGAAUGGGUGUGCGGAGGGAAAAUAAGCCUUAUGUGGAAUACACUCGAAAUGUUGGUGCUGAAGAUGAACCUAAUGAACCUCUUGUUUCGGCUCCGACUACUGUACGAGCUGUUGCUAAAAAGAGUACAUCUAAGAAACAAGAAACUACUCCUUCCCCUGCCUCCCCAAUAAAAUCUUUUGGAUCCUUGAUCCCUCAAAAUGUUGGUGAUGUCAAGGAGUUGCAACUGCCUAAAGGUGCCCCUAUGCCAAAACGUUAUCAAGCCCACAACUGUAAUCAUAAUUGUAUAGACUGGGUAAAAUAUGAUCCUUUAAAAACAAAGGGAUACAAUCCUUUAUCAAUACCUCUGUAUUGUGGAUGGCAGAGGGAACUGCCAAAAUUCAGAAAAAAGAGUACCAUCAUGUACACAGCUCCAUGUGGAAGAAGGUUACGCAACAUGGAAGAGCUCCACAAAUAUUUACGUCUUUGUAGAUCUGCCAUGUCAGUUGACUUGUUUGACUUUGACUUUUGGGUAAACGCCCUCUCCGAAUUCACUCUCACAGACAAAGUCAAAAAGUUUAUGGUUCAAGAUGACAUGUCGCAUGGAAAAGAAAAUGUAAAGAUACCUCUUAUUAACUAUGUGGACUACCAACUGCCAAGUAAUUUGCAGUAUGAGACUCAACGGAAACCUUAUGAGGGUGUUCACCUUAAUACUGAUGCAAAUUUUCUUUGCGGCUGUGAUUGCACUGAUGAUUGCCAGGACAAAGAUAAGUGUGCAUGCUGGCAACUCACCAUUCAAGGGUCCUCAUUGUGUCCUGGUGGUGUGGUUGACCCAAAUGUUGGGUACUACUACAAAAGAUUGCAGGAACGAGUUAUCACUGGAAUUUAUGAGUGCAAUCAACAAUGCAAGUGUUCAAAAAGAACCUGCUUGAAUAGAGUUGUGCAACAUCCAUUACAGCUCAAAUUGCAGUUGUUUAAAACUCCAAAUAAAGGAUGGGGUCUUCGUUGUGUAAAUGAUAUCCCAAAGGGAACAUUUAUUUGUAUUUAUGCUGGCUAUCUUUAUACUGAACAGACUGCAAACAAGAUUGGAGAAGAAGAUGGUGAUGACUAUCUAGCAGAAUUAGAUUACAUAGAAGUGGUGGAGCGUAUGAAGGAAGAUUAUGAGAGUGAUGUUGAGGAUGAAUUCCCUGAGGAGGAUGAACCUGCCUCUAAGUCUCGAUAUAAUGAUAAUGAUAAUAGAGUGAGUAAAAGUAAAAAUAAAGAUGAUGUGGAUGCAGAUUUCAGAAGUGCGUGGAAAUCUUCUUGUGACAGUGGCUCAGAUGAUACUAUCAGGUCCCGCUUAAGAAAACGAAGUGCAGCUGAACUUGAAUCAGCUGAUGACAAAAAUAGUGAGAAGUCGACCAAAAGACGAGAAUCCUCGCGAGGUGGUAGUACUGGGGAUGAUGGAAGUGAUGAUGAAAAACUUGAGCGUCAACCAUCCAGCUUCACUCCUAAACCUUUGAAGAAACCAGGCUCAUCUUUUGAAGAACCCAUCCAUCGCUUUCAGUCUGUUCGAAAAUUUUACGGCCCAAAUGAAAGGGUUUACAUAAUGGAUGCCAACAAAGUUGGCAAUAUUGGGCGUUAUCUGAACCACUCUUGCAGUCCAAAUGUUUUUGUUCAAAAUGUGUUUGUUGAUACACAUGAUCUCCGUUUUCCAUGGGUUGCCUUCUUUGCUUUGACUUACAUUAAAGCAGGUUCAGAGUUAACCUGGGAUUACAAUUAUGAUGUAGGCAGUGUGCCAGGGAAAACAAUCAUAUGUGAAUGUGGCAGUAUUGAAUGCCGAGGACGAUUGUUGUGAAAAUUGUGAAAAUGUUACCUAAUUUAUUUACUUAUUUGAUCUGUUUCAAGAUCUAAUUGGGUCUAGUUGUAUUUUAGAUAAACUGUAUUAAGUAAAGAUUCCUUUCUCAUUCUGUUAUCUCUUUUAUUUUAUUGUUAAACAAUUCUUUUUUUAAAAAAAAACAGAGGUUGAAUAAAUAAGAAUCCUGACUGAGA